AUGGAGUCAUGCCUCUCCGCAGCGAUUUCUUAUCUCAUGGUUUUGAAAUUAGAACCCUGGGACACCUUGCAUAUCCGGCAGGAGGAUGAACAAACAGUGAGGAUAGGAGCAAUUGGAUGGAAGCUAGACAUCCCUCUCCACGAGAUGAAAGGCUCAAUAUUUGGGUGCGCAUUCCUUCUUGAUCAUGGUGGAUAUUUUUGGUGCACAAUUUGUCAUGCACUGCAGCAUUGGAGGAAUCCAGAGUGGAAGCCACUGUCCGGAACCGACGGGUUGCGGGUUGCCAGAAAAACCCAAAGAGGGAUACUAUAUCUAUGCCCAGUCCUUUAUAGCAAUACUUCGGCUUUGGUUCCUUUUUCGAUGCUGGAAAUGACAACACCUGGUCGAAUAAUGAUAUGGCAGGCUGAGCAUCCGGACAGCCAGUACACGCCCAAGCUCAAAGCCGAACUCCUCCUUCAACUUCUCAAAGCUGCUUUGAUUGGAAAUGGGAAAUAUUUUUGGCGGUUGUUACUCGGGUUUGCCAUUUUUGGGCAAAGGUUCUUGUUGGUUGUGACUGCCAUGACCCAGAGCAUGGUACACACCGUGUGGCAACGGACCACUGCAAAUUCUUUCGAGGCCCUUGAGUGA